CUUCGAGUAGUACGACUCAACGGCAAGUAAAACGAUUCUUUAUCUUACGCUCAUCAGUUGUGCGACUGUAGCAACGACGUGCAAGAGGAGAAUUUUAUCGUUCUUCGUCUAAUGCCUGAUAGAAUCUAUAAAUUUACGAAAUAAAGAAACUUCAAAAGAAGGAUAAUUUAUCAUCGUUAUAGUUUAGUGAGGCAAAUCGAAAAAUGAACAAGUACAUAAACUUGACGAAAGUGAAUACCAAUUACGCCAUGCGUAUGAACCGACUGAGUAAUCGAAUCUUCGGCGAAGUAACCAGGCUUACUAAUCAGAAAUCGAUGAAGGUGGUGAAGCUCUUCUCCGAAAAGCCAGUGCAUAAAAGAACAGAGGUUGUGGAAUAUUACCCGAGAAUCAAGGAGACUGAGAAGAUAAUGGAUCAUCUGCGUAAUUAUGGUCUCUACAGGGACGAACACAAGGAUUUCAAGGAAGAAUAUGAACGUCUGAGAGCUCUUCGCGGCAAAGAAAAGUGGAUAAUACCUAAAUACAGAAACAAGUCUCAGUCUUAGAUUCAACCAUCAAUUCUGUUAUAAAGUAUGUAUUUUACAUGUAAUUAAUAAACUAGAGUUAAAUAUAAAUAACAUUGUCUUAUACAAAAAUACACCGUUGAAAAAAAUAUAAAUCU